AGUUGCGGAUGUAGCAGGAAUAUGUAUUCCAGGUCUGCUGCACAUUAUCCCUACAGGCAGCAUGUGCGCAAUGUUCUUACUAUAAGUGCCGGAAGAAUAAAACGUCACACACGCUCUUAAGAUGGCAUCUAUAACACAAGGGCGCAGUGUUUAAACACAUAGCAUCAUUGUUUCAUUUAUUUAUAACCAAAAAGUUAGGUGUAGAAAUGAUUUGUUUUGGUGGCGCGCUGGGUCCUUCGGCAAAUGAACGGAUUUAGUAAUUGGCGUCAUUCGUGUAGUACAAAAAGCUAAAAUACGGCUGGCCCAUGGCUCAAACAAGCUAUGGAGGAUAUGCUGGAUCCUGGUUAACGGUGACACCCCUUAAUCAUGCUCAUGAUGGUUGUGGAACGAGCAGUGAUGAUCUUAGCAGCGACUGGGAAGUUGAAGAAACUCGUCAAGUUCCAAAGCCAUCUGCUUGGAAGCGGGUAAGAAAUUUGGUUCGUUGUACUCCUUUCAUACAGACGUACAAAAAACAAAAAUACCCAUGGGUGCAGCUUGCUGGUCAUCAAGGAAAUUUUAGAGCUGGACAUCAUGGUACAAUCUUUAAGAAAUUUAAUAGCACUGAAGUAUCUUGUUUUGAAAAGCUGAUGAAAGAUGUUCUUCGACCAUAUGUUCCUGCAUUUAAAGGCAAAAUAGUUCAAGAAGAUGAAACAUAUAUUGAGCUAGAUGAUCUUCUUGUAAAUUUUGAAAAUGCUUGUGUUAUGGACAUUAAAAUUGGUGUUCGUACCUAUUCUGAAGAUGAAUUAGCAAGAGCCAAAGGAAAUCCCAAACUUAGGAAGGAUAUGUAUGAAAAGAUGAUUCAAAUUGACUCAAAUGAACCAACUGAAGAAGAACACAGAUUAAAAGCUAUCACUAAACCCAGGUACAUGGUUUGGAGAGAAACUAUCAGUUCAACUUCUAGUUUAGGCUUUCGUAUUGAAGGCAUUAAGAAAUCUGAUGGAACCACCAGUAGAGAUUUUAAAAGAACCAAAACCAAAGAACAAGUCAUGGCUGCUAUUCUAGAUUUCACCGAUGGAUUUUCUUCAGCUAUUAAUAAAUAUUAUCUACGCAUGCAGAAUAUUUAUGAUGCAUUAGCAAAGUCGGAAUUUUUUUCAUCACAUGAGUUUAUUGGAAGUUCACUUUUGUUUGUUCAUGAUAAACAGAAUGCAAAUAUAUGGUUGAUUGACUUUGCAAAAACUGUACCUCUACCUUUGCAUUUACACAUUUCUCAUCAAGAUCCAUGGAAAGUGGGUAAUCAUGAAGAUGGUUACUUGAUUGGAAUUUCAAAUUUGUUAAGCAUUUUUAAAACUUUGAAUGAGAAAGCUGUCUAAAUAUUGUUUCAUCUUGUAUAUGAUCAUUUGUUUAGAACGAACCAAUUUUGAAUGCUGAACAAGUCUUCAUGUAUUUUGCCUAUAUUAACUUUGUAAUAUUGUUUUUGUUAUCCUAUGAAAAGUAUUUAAACUUGUUAUACACAUCUAUAUAUAUUUAUAUAUAUUGAAAAGUAUUUUUGACACAUCUUGUAUACUAAUUUUAUUCCAUGUAUAUGGGCAUAAUUUAUAUUAAGAUGUAUAUUUUCACUGAUUUUUUUUUUUUUUUUUUUUUUUUUUUUUUGCUGCAGGAAGAUUAUUUUCUUCUACAAAACUGUCUAUAUAAACUUCUGCAGUACAAAUUUUGCAGCAUUGUGCAGCAUAACAUUUCAAAUAAAAAAAUAUUUA